CGGUGCCGGGUUGCGGGUGCCGGUGCCGGGGGCGGUGCAAGUGGCGGUGCGGAGCCGGUGGCGGUGCGGAGCCGGUGCGAGGCCGGUGCCGGGUUGCGGGUGCCGGGCUCGGUGCGGUGCCGGUGCCGGGCGCGAUGCCGGGCGCGGUGCGGACGCUGUGCCUGGCCGCGCUGCUGGGCGCGCUGCGGGCCGGCGGCACGGAGCUGACGCUGGAGCUGCCCGACAGCGCCCAGCGCUGCUUCCACCAGGAGCUGGAGGGCGGCGUCAAGUUCACCCUCGACUAUCAGGUGAUCAGCGGAGGGCACUAUGAUGUCGACUGCUACGUGGAGGACCCCAACGGCAAGACCAUCUACCAGGAGACCAAGAAGCAGUACGACAGCUUCUCGCACCACACCGAGGCCAAGGGUGUCUACACCUUCUGCUUCAGCAACGAGUUCUCCACCUUCUCCCACAAAAUCGUCUACUUCGACUUCCAGGUGGGCGACGAGCCGCCCAUCCUGCCUGACAUGAACAACCGCGUCACUGCCCUGACACAGCUGGAGUCUGCCUGUGUCACCAUCCACGAGAUGCUGAAGGCGGUGAUCGACUCCCAGACCCACUACCGGCUGCGGGAGGCGCAGGACAGGAGCCGAGCCGAGGAGCUCAAUGGCCGCGUCUCGUACUGGUCAGUGGGGGAAACCCUCAUCCUCUUCGUGGUCAGCAUCGGGCAGGUGGUGCUGCUCAAGAGCUUCUUCACCGAGAAGAGACCCAGCAGCGGCGGAGCUGGCACCUAGAGCUGCUGGCUGUGCCCGAGUGCAGCGGGCAGCGGGACAGACACUGCGCCUCUGAUCUGUGCCAGGACAGGCGGGGCUGGGACAGGGGGUGACACUGCUGGGCUGGUGACACAGCCACCCAAGGACAGGCGUCCCCAGCAUCACCUCCCAUUUGCCAUCGUCUGGCCUACCCUGUCCCCUCGCCUGGCCAGCCUGUCCCCGUUCUCUGGCUGCACUGGGGAGCAGGGGGGACCAGCACAGCACAGCACCGGGGCACCCUUGGGACUGGGACGGGACUGGGAUUUUACUGGGACUGACUGGGAUGGGACUGGGAUGUGACUGGGACUGACUGGGAUGUGACUGGGACAUGACUGGGACGUGACCACGCACUGCCCCUGGAGCCCUGUGCAGCCACCGAGGGCAGGGGCAGCCCUGGCCCCCCUGGCACCCCCCAGUGCCCCCAGCCCCAGGAGAGCUGCCCAUGGGCUGGGGGGGGUCUGUGUCUGCACCCCAGGUGCCCUGUGGCGGGCAGGGUGCUCCCAGCAGCAGGACACAGCACCAGCAGCAUCCAAGGGAAGGCUGUUUGCUGGGUGGCUCUGGCUCUGCCAGCUCCUCCCCUCGCAGCAGUUCUCAGGCUGGCAGCAGGUGGUGUGUCUGUACCAGGUGAUAUUUUCGUACACCAGUCCGUGCCUGACACUCAGCCCCCUCACACAUUCCCCCCACACGUGCCAGGGAAGCCCAUCCCUGCCCCAGAAGCACGGGGGACCCACACAUGCCUGGGACUGCAGCCCCUCAUUCCCUGGAGCCCCACAAGACCCCUGGAGUGACUGGUGUGCUGGCCCUCCAGCCCUCAAGCAGGUGUGAGAUCAUUUUUCAGAGCUGAAGCAACUCCACUAGACUUUUCCUUUGCCAUUUUCAAAUAAAUCCCUGCAAGCAUG